GUGUAUAUUUAAGUGUAGCCAUACAUACACCUUGGCCACACCUACCUGCUCAGUUGUGGUGUAAGUGUGGCGGGCGACAGCUGUGUGGUGGUGGUGGUGGUGGUGGUGAAGGACUGAUGCUGAUAAUGGUGAAACUUUCAUAGCACCAAGUGAUACCCACGCAUGCGGUGCUGUUGGCCAGCAAGACGGAGGAAGGCUGUGUCGCCGUGGUGCGUGUCGCUGGGACCCUUGCCAGAAGCACUCACUGACAUCGGGUUCCCGGAGGAGCAGCGUCAUCGUAAACAUUGAAGUGUCAGCGCCUCACAUUGACUAGUCACUCGCCGGUGUAAUUCCUUGCACACAACAGCAGGCCAAGGCGGAGCGUGCAGGCCCUGGUCCUUGAGGAGCGUCAUGGUGAGCGUGGUGACCAGCAUUUUGAGCCAAACUCUGUGGCGAGUAGUGGGCAAUGAUCCCCACACCCCUGGCCUCGGGGGUCGCCGCGCCCCCCGCGUGCACAAGCCCGUCAUUCACAGUGGGCUGCAGCGCCACGCCUUCGCCUGCACCACUGAUCACGUGAGCGAGGCAGGCGAGCGCUGCGAGGCGGCAGAGCCUGGCGCCUGGGUGCUGCUGGAUCCUCUAUCCCCAGCAGCGCUUCCCGCCCCUCCCGCCCCCUCUGCCCCCUCCCUCGUGAAGCUGUGUGCUUCCACCUACCAGGAUGAGACCCACCAGGAGUGCAGGCGCCAGGCACCCACCAGCGACCAGCCCGCCUCGCGCCCCGCUCAGGAGAGUGGCGAGCCCACGUCGCCUGGCGUGGCGGUCCAGGAGAGCCAAGAAGCACAGCUCGAUAUCUCUGAGGACCGCUGCUGCUACUGGCCAGGGAGGGAGGGCCCUGUCACCCAGGAUAGGGAAGAAUACUCACCCCGGGAUGACCCAGUAUGACCGUGGAGUCGCAGUGACGGGCAGCGCAGCGGCAGCUGGCAGCGGCGCGGGCAACGUCAGGGCAGGUUUGGGACGGCGGCGUCAGUGUAUCCAAAGCCACCACGUUGAGCAACCCUCGCGUACACCUCGCCGCCACUGCCCGCCCCUCCACGCUGUCCACACCAUGGAGGGCCCCCCUCACUCCCACACGCCGUUCACCGCUGCCGCCCAGCCAGCCUUUGAUCCCGUGUAUGGGAGCCCGGCGGCCGCCGUCACCACAUACAAAGAAGACAUCAGAGACUUUGACAUAUACAAAAUAACGCGGACAGGCGAAGAGGGGCAGUACCCGCGACUGCCCUCGCUGCCAACACAGUCUGACUCCGACACUGACGACGGCUUGGCUGGCACGCACAAGACUCUCAGACGAAGGAAACGUAGGAACCCCGAGUCCAGACUCGCCGGAAGCAAGAGACUGCACAGGGAGGAGCAGCAGACCGAGCACACCAUGAGUGUGGAGCCCAACGCGGCCACGCUCCUCUCAUCCGCACUCCACCAAAGCGCCACCACCACGCUCCCCGCCACACCCUCGCAUCCGUCCCUCCCGCUCCCCUGCGCGUCCCCAGCGACCCAGGGACACUGCAGGGUGAGCGACGACAGGAGCGAAGGGGUUGUGAACGACGAAUGCGACGAAGACGACGACGACGAAACCUCCACCGUUGUUCCUGAAGACUUCGCAAACGACACGGAUUCGGAUAUCGAGGUGCUGGUCCAGUCCGAGUCAUGGGUGGACUUGUCGAAUCAGCCCGGCAGUCCAGACCGGGUGACGCCACUGCCUUUUGGUAAUGGCGAGGAGUACCUGAGGCUGCUGCGGGAAGCCCAGAGGGAGAGCAACCAGUCUUCAGCGCGUGUCUCCCUCGCCUCCUCCCGCCGCGACACUCCAAGGGACUCCCCACAUGACUCGCCAAAGUCACCACCAAACAGCCCCAACACGGAGAUGGCCACCUUCCCCGAGGAGGCAGCCAUGCUGAGGGGCGUGUACAUCAACUACUACAACAAGCAGGAGGGAGACUUCAUACGGGUAGAGAAGAACACAGAGACAGACUGGAUCUGGGAUAGUCGACCUGACCAGACUCCUCCCAAGGAAUGGCGGUUCAGUCAUCCUCGUAAGGGAGUGAGCCGUGGGGCAAGCAUCCGCCGUGUCAUGGUGGGCAACUCCUCCCUCUUCUCCAGGGAUGUCCUCUACACUCUCCUUAUCACCAAUGUGCUCUCCCUCCUCAUCGGCACUGGAAUUGGGAUCUGGUUGGUGAAGCGGUCAGGUAGUGAAGGAAUCAUUACCUUACCCCUCAACUGAUUGUUUCAAGUGACCUCUCAUCAGCUCAUCCCUCUGGGUCUUGGACAUGGAUCACUAGUAUCCCUUGCUUAGUGAUUAGCUACAUGGAUUAGCCUCUCUCUCUUCAACACAAGAGGUUUAUAGUGUUACCUGACAUUUGCAAAGUCAUAUAUAACUAUGUUACUUAUGAAAAUUAUGGAUUUUAUACAUUUCCCUCUUAGACUUCCUGUGGUCUGAAUGAUCUAAUGGCUAUUCAAAUUUUACUCUUGACCUUUUCUCUUGAAAUGAAUUUACUCUUAGGAAUAGAAGUUCUGUGUUAGGUAGAGAAUGAAAGAUAACCCAGGAUGUAUGUCACACUGACUGCUGACCUUCUGGUCGCCUGAUGUGAUGCUAGUAAUAUUUCUUCCCAUAACUCUUCAUAGAAGACCAUGGUGAGCUGUUUGGUAAUUGGAAAAUGAUAGAAAAACUGUGUUUUAUCAGUCUAAAGGUUAUAAGAUGAGCUCCUUUUUGAGUAGAGCAGAGUUCCGCCUUUCUCUUUCUCCCCCUUUACUGUCUGACAGUCUUUCAGGGUCAACUUCCCCAGCACCAAAAAUUUACUCAUUAUUUUCUUGCAUCAUGCUGGAAGGCAAACAUACAAAAUCAAAUGUCAACAAAAUUCAUUGUUUGGGGAGAUGGGGCAGUUAUCUAGUCAGGAGAUGGAAUUGAGAAAGUGUGCUUCAUUUUCUGCACUGACAGGUAUUCUGAUGUAUAUCUCACUUUAGAAAAAUGUGUUGAGUAAUGUGUUCAGCAGACUUUUGUUGCUGUUGCCAUUCCUUCAUCCACUAAAACCAGUACAACAGUUUAUUCUAUGGAUAGCCUUCUUUUAUUUUAAAAUGUCUAGCAAUAGUUUUGUUUUCGCAUAUUUUGCUACAGGUAUCUUAGCGACUGAUCUUGGUGGAUGAUGUUCAUGAUGAACACAGUCUGAUCAAGUCUCCAGGACACAUCUCAGAUGUCUUUCAUAUAUUAUGUUUGAAACACCUGUAUGACCUUUUUUCUUAAUAUGUAUUAAUUUUUGAAGGUUGAGGAACAAGAACCACUCAUGUUCCUAAUGUGGAUGAAGGUCAGUAAAUGAUUGAUCAUCUCAUACCAUGCUCCUGAAUUGGGGAGCAAAGUUAUGCAUAUGUUUGUUGCAUUAUAUCUUUCUUGGAAUGUAGUUGUAGCCAGAGGAAAGGUAGGCCUGUAUCAAGCCAGCAGUGUGCUCCGCUAUGGUCAUGCACACAAGCCCAUGUAUGCGCAAACACACACACACACACACACACACACACACACACACACACACACACACACACACACACACACACACACACACACACACACACACACACACACACACACACACACACACACACACACACACACAGGUGGUUGAUGAAAGAGCCCAUGUGGUGGUUGGCCCUGCAAGCCACUCAUCACUUUGUCACUUGUCACAUAAUAGAUGGGGAAACCUUGAGACAAUAUUUUAUGUUACAUUUAUCACAUUUCUUACCAGGAAGCUAUACUAGCUUCCUUAAUAAUACCCUCAACUUUCUGUAUGUAAGAGGAACCUAAAAUGUUAGGUAAGGUAGUGGACUGUCAGGAGCAGGGUGCCAUGAGGCUGUCUGCAGCAACAGAAGCCCCUGGCCCCUGCUGCCUCAACCGUGGAGUAGCCAGCUGAAUCUGUUUACAUGGGGACACAUCUUUGUGUCACUGUGGAUAGGAUAUAAGGAUUUAGGAAUUUGUAUUAAAUGGAACAAAUUUUUAUUACUGUAACUGAUUGUCUUUCUGAAGCCCUGGUUAGAUCCAGAUCCUUCUGGCUCGUGCUGUCAUUUUUUAAAGUGCUUUCUUUUUUAUUCUCUGUGAUAUAAACUAUUCUAAAAGUAAAAAAAAAAAAAUCUUUGCAUAUUUACACUGGAAGUUGGCCACAUGUAUUAUCUCAUGUCUGUCUGUAUGAGUGAGUUAUAUAUAUAAAUAUAUUAUUGGGGCCUCCUGUCUUCUCUAACACUGCUUGGUCUGCUCUCAUGGCACUUUAAUUUUUUCUUUUGUUAUAAUAAAAAAUUGGAAUGUAUUCAGUGCCUGUCCCAGGAACCAACCAUUCAGAGGCAGAGUUGGACAAGACAGCAACCAGCUUUCUAGUUUUGUAUUGCCGUCAGAAAACUCCAAAUAUACAAAAAAUACUAAAA